GGAUCUUUCUUCUAUUUGCUUUGAGCAGGCCCUCCCUUCCUCCCGCGGAGCUGGCGGGCUGCCUCCGAGGCUGUCCAAGCUCAGCCCCUCCUUCCCACCUCCCCACCGGGUUGCUGCUUCGCUUCGGCUGCUCGCGGCUUCUAAAUUGGCAUUGCGCGCAGCGCCUUCGGCUCCUCGAGGCGGGAGAUUAGCCGCGCGGUGGCCGCCGAGCUGCUUUGUCCUCCUCGCCUCCUCACUCCCGGCGCCGCUAUGAUCUUGCGCUGCCUUCUCGCCGUGCAAGUUUUGCAGUUAGCCAGAGCCCUUGAAUCGUACUCUGCUGGCUCUUGUGCCUUUGAAGACAGCACUUGUGGCUAUGAAACGGACAUCACCGCACUUCCAUGGAUUUUGAAUGAGGAAGGUCAUUACAUUUCUGUGGAUACCUCACGAGGAACAAGUGGUGACACAGCUGUAUUGCUCAGCCCUGAACUAUACACAGGAGAGUGGAGUUGUAUUCGACUUAUAUAUCAGAUUGCAUCCGCUUCAGAAUUGCCACUAGGUUCUAUUACCCUAAACCUAUAUAUAAGAGUGGAAGGUGAAAGCUUUGAUCAUUUGCUUUGGACAACCACAGAACAUUCAGAAAGCUGGCUCAUAGCCAGUGUAGAUGUAAAAAAUAGGACAGACAGAUUCAAGAUUGUAUUGGAAGGUGUACUGGGAACAGAAACUUUUGCCAGCAUAGCAAUUUUUGAAAUCAAAAUUUCAACUGGCUACUGCAUAGAAUGUGAUUUUGAAGAAAAUCAUCUUUGUGGUUUUAUGAACCGCUGGAAUCCAAAUGUUAAUUGGUUUGUUGGUGGUGGAAACAUAGGAAAUUCACAGUCUAUCCUUCCAAAAGAUCAUACCUUUAGGAAUGAAUUUGGUCAUUACAUGUAUGUGGAUUCUCUCUACGUCAAGCACUUUCAGGAAGUAGCUCAACUGGUUUCACCUAAGACACUAACUCCAAUGUCAGGCUGUUUAUCUUUUUAUUAUCAAGUACAGCAGGAAAAUGUCAUUGUUUUUACUAUUUAUACAAGAGAUGUAAAUGGCUUUUAUGAGGAGCUUUGGAAAGCAGAUAGACCAACGAAUAAUGAUUGGCUGUUAGGUGAAGUUGACUUCAACGCACCAUAUCCAAUGGAGGUUAUUUUUGAAGUUGCUUUCAGCAGUGCCAAAGGAGGAUAUUUGGCUCUUGAUGACAUUUCUUUCUCCCCAGUUUUCUGUAGAAAUCAAACAGGCACGUCCUUCAUUCCCUUACAGGCAAGUUGCACUUUUGAGGAGAAUUUUUGCCAUUUUUAUCAAGAUUACAAGGAUGGUCCUGGUUGGAGCAGGAUAAAAGUGAAGCCUAAUGCAUAUAGACCGGGUGACCACACUACUGGCACAGCUGGAAAAGCUAGCAUUUUGGGGGAAAUGGGCUUGGAAAAAUUAAGAUUGACUGUAUUUUUGUGCACAUUUCAGGUGGUGUUUCUGAGCUGGUGUAGAAACUUUUGGGAUUGUGGAAUAGUGGCAUUAGAUGAUAUAUCAGUGAAUUUGGGAAGCUGUCAAAGUGCUGAUAUACCACCUGUUUUUCCUGGAGAAUGUACCUUUGAAAAAAAUGAGUGUGCAUUUACUCUGCAACCAAGAAAUCGGCAUGGUUGGCAUAGGAGAAGAAGUCCAACUCCUACAUCUUAUACUGGUCCAAUAGGAGACCACACUACUGGGGUAGGACAUUACAUGUAUAUAGAAGCUUCUAAUAUGAUCUAUGGACAGAAGGCACAACUUAUUUCAAGGUUAUUACGAAAGACAUUUGGACAUCAGUGCCUUAUAUUUUUUUAUCAUAUGUAUGGACACGGGACCGGACUGUUAAAUGUUUAUUUGAAAAUGCAUGGUUCUAAAAAGGAGAUCCUCAUCUGGAGAAGACGUGGUGAACAAAGCAUCUCAUGGUUAAGGGGCCUAAUAGAAUAUACAUGUGAUAAAUCUCAUCAGAUUAUAUUUGAAGCAAUUCGUGGAAUAUCAAUAAGAAGUGACAUUGCUAUAGAUGACAUUUCAUUUCGAAGAGGACCUUGUAAAGAAAUGGAAGAAACUAUACUACAGUCGUCAGGAUAUUCUGCUGAUUUCAAUGAAAUAGAGUACUGAACUCUGCAGAAGCCGAUGGAAUACCAGUGCCUUCUCUACAUUACAAACUGCACAAACUUGUCCAUACUUUCAAAUUUAAAAAUAACUACUGGAUUAUUUUGUAAAAGACACAAAGGCACAGCAAUUGCUGAGGAAAGAUUUAGUGCCUUGCUUAUGAAGUUAUUGACUCAGGGUUUCUCUCACUUUGUUUUAUGCAUAUUUUUUUUGCAUGUGACAUCAAUUAUUCUAAGGAGCUAUUGAAUUUGCACCAAAUUUGCAAAAUUCAAUAUAGAUUUUUAAAGAAGAAUUUUCAGCCAUACAUAUAAAGUAAAAUGGACACAAUCUGUCAUUGUGUUAAUAAAAUCUGCAUUCAGUGAAUGCCUCGUUGGCAAAUAAUGGAUUUGGUUAAAAAUUCUGAAAUAUGAAAGAAAUUUAUAAACACUAUUAACAUUUUAUAUGUUGUUUGCAAAUCUUUCUGUUAUUAUUUAGGAAGACUAAUAUCUGUUGGAAUCUUUUUGGUUGUGCCAAAUAUCAUGGAAUCCUAUGCAUGUCCACUCAGAAAUUCAUGGCACUGAGCUCAAUGACAGUGACUCCCAGAUGAUGUGCAUAGAUUUGCAAUUUAAGGGUCUCACCAAUAAAAUAUUUUAAUUAUUGUGCUGUUUUUUGCUAAUAAGUAUUAUAAUGAAUCCAUUUAUCAAGGCUGCAGCUGACAGAUAAAAUUUAUGUAAGUGUUCUAUAAAAUAUAAUGCAAUAUACCAAUAUUGAACAACAUACAUAUGAGGAAACUAUUUGGGAUGCAAUUUUAUUUUUUAAUAUAUUAGUAGUUUGAUAGACUUGUCAAGAACGACUUUAAGGUACAUUUAACCACAAAAUAUUAUAUUCCUGUUUGAAACAAAUGAUACCCAUUUGAAUGUUGAGUGUGUGAUAGGUAUAGAGGGACAUGAAUUUCAUAGAUGUAUAUGUGUGUACAAAUGCUUUUUCUAUAAUUUUAAUUGAUCUAAUAAAAUGUGUUUCUAAUUCACUUUAACUCCACCUGUGGCUAGAAAUGUAUUUUUUUUUAAAUGAAAUUGAUGUUUUUUCCACAAUCGUCCUACAGUGGAAACUGCCAGACCAGACUGCUUUAAUUAGCUAGCUAUGAAAUGUAUUUGAAAAAAAAUACGGUCUGUAAUGUAACAUAACUUGCCAAUUGCUGUAGUAAACAAUUCUGUUAAUAUUAUGUACCUGGCUUUCUGUUGCCAUUCAUAUGAAAUCCAGAUUAAAGUAAUUUACACCCACAAUUGGGACUG